AUGAGGCGGGGUGGCGCCAAGGACGACACCGCGCCCGACAAGGUCAUGGGCCCUCUCUUCCCCCGCCUCCACGUCAACGACACCCUCAAGGGCGGACCCCGCGCGCCGCCCAGGAACAAGAUGGCGCUCUACGAGCAGUUCAGCGUCCCAUCCCACCGCUACAGCUCCGCCGCCGCACCGCCCGCUCCCUCCGCGCCCGCCCCUUCCCCGGCGCCCCCAUGGUGCGCGCAACGACCCGCCUCCGCCGUCCCGUCCACGUCCGCCAGCCAGGUUGGCGGCAGCGAUAGACCUCUCUUCCCAUCAUUUUGUGUGCCUUCAACUGAACCCGUUCGUUCAUCAGAUCAGAUGAAUGCCAACUCCAAUGGGCGGGCUGCCAAUGGUACAAGAGCUGAAUCUGGGAGGCAGUCCGCACAUCUUAAGAGCAAGGAUACCAAUGCUGCUGGACCAGCCGCAGAGUGUAGUUCAAGACAGAGAGAGAAUGCCAAUAAGAAUUCUUCAGGGAAGAAAUUGGCUAAUGAUGAUGAUUUUACAGUUCCCUCCGUCUUAUAUUCUGGAGUGCCUCCACAUUCCAGCCAAGAAAAGCUCACCCUGUUCCCUACCACAAGUCCAUGUAAGAGUGUGCCUGCAAAAUAUUCUAGCAAUGGCAAGAGACACUUGGAAGGAAUGGAUGUUUCUGAUGUGAAAUCAAAGGGGCCCUCAGGUAUCAAGGAUACAGAGCCAGUACAAGUGAGGAUAGACUUGGAAGACGAAGAGACAACUCCAUCGUUUCAAAUAUUGAAAGACAAGACGGGGAGACCAGACCCAAAGGUGUCUUCAUACAUGGACAGGUUGAACAAAUAUAAUGUUGCUGAUAAGCAAUAUUCUGAAGCUGAGAGUUAUCAGAUGAGGACCAGGAAUGAGGAUGCUGUUAAGACCCAGAACCCUCCAAAAAAUGGAACAGUGCUGUUGUCUAAGCCAUAUGCUGAUAGGGAACAGAAUGUUGAUUCUGAUAUAUUGAAACAUGGCUUAAGAGAUACAGGUGAGAAGAGGAAAAGAUCACAUCAUGGUGUGGAACAAAACGAUGAUUUGUCUGAUUCCUCAGUGAAAUCUCUACCUGGAAUGGAGAUUUCUCCAGAUGAUGUUGUCGGUGCUAUUGGUCCCAAGCAUUUUUGGAAAGCCAGAAGAGCUAUUGUCAAUCAGCAGAGGGUUUUUGCUGUUCAAGUAUUCGAGCUGCAUAGGUUGAUCAAAGUGCAGAAGUUGAUUGCUGCAUCUCCACAUCUACUUAUUGAGGGGGAUCCUUGCCUUGGCAAAUCCUUGGCAGCAAGUAAGAAAAAACUGGCUGGAGAUGUGGAAAAACAGCUUCAAUCAGCUAAAAACAAUGAUGAGGUGCAACCAACACAGCAGCAGCAGCAGCAGCUAGAGCACUCAAAAGAGAACACUGAAGCGAACCAUCCUUCACCAUCUCAAGAUGAUGCAGCUGAAGUCCAACAUAACAAUCAAGCUGCAACAAAUGGUGCCGUUAGCAGUAAUCCUCCCUCGAUGCCUACCCCUUCUGACAACAAACAGAACAGCUGGUGCAUUCCUCCACCUCCGAGUCAGUGGCUGGUUCCUGUUAUGUCCCCGUCUGAAGGACUUGUCUACAAACCUUAUACUGGGCACUGCCCUCCGGCGGGGAGUUUCAUGGCGCCCCCGCUUUUUGCCAGCUGUGGUCCUGUAAGCCUCCCGUCCACAGCUGGGGAUUUCAUGAAUUCGGCAUAUGGCGUUGCUAUGCCUCGUCAGCCCCAGCACAUGGGUGUUCCUGGUCCUCCACCCAUCCCACCGAUGUACUUCCCACCUUUUAGCAUGCCGGUGAUGAACCCUGCAGUGUCAGCCUCUGCAGUUGAGCAAGUGAGCCAUGUUGCAGCGUCACAGCGUAAUGGGCACAUAGAGCAGCAUACACGGAACUCUUGUAACGCGUCUCACUUGAGGAGCGAAGCGGUAUCAGCCGGCGUUUGGAGAGUCCAUGCAUCAAGGGACAGCGAGCUGCAAGGCAGUAGCGCUAGCAGUCCUUUUGACAGGCAGCAAGGUGAAGGGAGGGGUCCUGUGCCACCCUUUCCGGCAUCUUCAGUUGGAAACGGGCAAGCUCAAGCUCAACCCUCCUCUGGAAGCAGGGAGAAUCCGAGCAGAGUCAUUAGGGUUGUUCCCCACACUGCACGCACUGCUUCGGAGUCAGCAGCACGGAUUUUCCAGUCAAUACAGAUGGAGAGGAAACAAAACGACCCCUGA